CGCUCGGUCGGCUGCCAGCUUCACCGUCCGGGCGCCCUGGAGGAGGAACAGCGCGCUCGGCCUCCAGCAUCCUUGGCGAGUCGGAAUCGGAAGCGGUAGCCGCAGCCUCCAGAUAAUGCUGCUCGGCAUCUUGCAGGGGGGCGGGAUGAUACUGGAGCAGGCGAUGGAGCGGGUGACCGGCAGCAGCCCGCUCUCCCUGCUGCUGCUCGCCGGCACCUUCACGCUCAGCCUGGUCUACCUGUUCCGCCUUGCGGCCGGCCGCUCGCCCCCUCUGCCUGCGGGGGCGAAAACUCCUCCAUACAUUUUCUCCCCAAUCCCAUUCCUGGGACAUGCCAUAGCAUUUGGGAAAAGUCCAAUUGAAUUCCUAGAGAAUGCAUAUGAUAAGUAUGGACCUGUGUUUAGUUUUACUAUGGUGGGCAAGACAUUUACUUACCUUCUGGGGAGCGAUGCCGCUGCACUGCUUUUUAAUAGUAAGAAUGAAGACCUGAAUGCUGAGGAAAUCUACAGUCCUCUGACAACACCUGUGUUUGGGAAGGGAGUCGCAUAUGAUGUACCUAAUUCAGUCUUCUUAGAACAGAAGAAAAUUUUAAAAACUGGCCUUAACAUAGCCCAAUUUAAACAACAUGUUUCUAUAAUUGAAAAAGAAACAAAGGAAUACUUUGAAAGUUGGGGAGAAAGUGGAGAAAAAAAUUUAUUUGAAGCUCUUUCCGAGCUGAUAAUUUUAACAGCUAGUCAUUGUUUACAUGGAAAGGAAAUCCGAAGUCAACUCAAUGAGAAGGUGGCCCAGCUAUAUGCAGAUUUGGAUGGAGGGUUCAGCUACCAAGCCUGGCUAUUGCCAGGCUGGUUCCCUUUGCCUAGUUUCAGGCGCCGGGAUAGAGCUCAUCAAGCUAUCAAGAAUAUUUUCUAUAAGGCCAUCCAGAAACGCAGAAAUUCAAAAGAAAAAAUAGAUGACUUUCUCCAAACUUUACUCGAUUCCACUUACAAAGAUGGACGUCCCUUGACAGAUGAUGAAGUGGCUGGCAUGCUUAUUGGGCUGCUUUUGGCAGGGCAGCAUACAUCCUCAACUACUAGUGCCUGGCUGGGUUUCUUUUUGGCCAGAGACAAAGUACUUCAAGAAAAAUGUUAUCUAGAACAGAAAACAGUCUGUGGAGAGGACUUCACUCCUCUGUCAUAUGACCGGAUCAAGGAUCUAAAUUUAUUGGAUCGUUGUAUAAAAGAAACAUUAAGACUUAGACCUCCUCUUAUGACCAUGAUGAGAAUGGCCAAAACUCCUCUGACUGUAGCAGGGUAUACCAUUCCUCCGGGACAUCAGGUGUGUGUUUCUCCCACUGUCAAUCAUAGACUUAAAGGUUCAUGGAGUGAACGUCUAGACUAUAAUCCUGAUCGCUACUUGCAGGACAAUAAUUCAGCAUUAGGAGAGAAAUUUGCUUACAUACCAUUUGGAGCUGGACGUCAUCGUUGUAUUGGAGAGAAUUUUGCCUACGUUCAAAUUAAGACAAUUUGGACCACUAUGCUUCGCUUAUAUGAAUUUGAUCUCAUUAAUGGAUAUUUUCCCAGUGUGAAUUAUACAACCAUGAUUCACACCCCUGAAAACCCAGUUAUCCGAUACAAACGACGUCAGAAUGAAGCAGGCUGCAAAUUACUAAAAAGUGAAAUAUCAACAUCAUUUGCAAAAGCAUUUGAAGAGAAUGAAGUUUGCAGAUGACUUACAGUGUACUUUUUUGAGUGGGAUUUAAAAUAGCCACUUUUACAUUCUAGUUUUUAGUUUUUUAACUGGAUUCAUGAAAUCUAAUGGUAUUUCAUAUAUCUCCUAAAAUUUUUAUAAUGGGUAUUUACAACUGUAUUGCUUUGUUUAUAGGCAUCAAGCUCAUUAAUAUUGUAUUGCUUAGGGAAGUAUUGGAAUUGGUAAAUUUUAAAUUUCACAAUUUCCAGUAUUUUAAUAGUGUCUGCAAAGUCUUAGACUAGUUCUGCAAGAAAUAUACUUGGAAACCUUAGGUUAUUUAUUCAUUUACUGGGUAAUGUCUAUGUGUAUAUAUGUAUCUGUAUAUG